CCUCAAUCACGUCAUCGUUCUUAGCCCGCCCGCCCGCUUUUGUUGUGCAAGAAAUAAGAAUUAUUGUGAAUUGCGGAUUAAAUACUGCAUGCUCAGGAGAAAGCAGCAGGGAAUUAAUAUGGCAAUGGCGAGAGGCGAGGAAGCAGUAGUGCAGCAGCAGCAGCAGAACAGGCAAAUAGUGCUCAAGGAGUACAUAAUCGGCGGGGAUUCACCCAAGGAGUCCCAUUUCGGCGCUGCGUCGGCCACGAUUGAGCUCAAAGUGGAGCCGGGUUCCAAUGCGGUUGUUUUCAAGAAUCUGUACCUAUCUUGCGAUCCCUACGUCCGGACCCGGAUGUCCCGUUCCGCCUACAAUGUCGCGGAUCCAGGAGAUUUCGAUUUCGGCCCUUUCCCCCUCGGCUCGCUAAUUUCAGGGCUGGGAGUGAGCAAAGUGGUGGAUUCGGGACACCCGGAUUACCAGAAAGGCGACCUGGUCUGGGGAACAGCUGCUUGGGAAGAGUACAGCGUCAUUCAGGACCCCAUAGGCUUCUUCAAAAUCACUGACGAUGCGGAUGUCCCUCUUUCUUACUACACCGGAAUACUUGGUAUGCCCGGGAUGAGUGCUUACUUCGGAUUCUUCGACGCUUGUGCCCCAAACAAGGGUGACCGCGUCUUCGUUUCAGCAGCAUCCGGUGCUGUCGGUCAGCUCGUUGGCCAGUUUGCCAAGUUGGCCGGCUGCUACGUUGUUGGGAGUGCAGGAACCAAACAAAAGGUGGAGUUACUAAAGAACAAGUUGGGAUUCGACGAGGCUUUCAACUACAAAGAAGUGGAUGAGGACUUAGAUGCAGCCCUGAAGAGGUACUUUCCAGAAGGGAUCGACAUCUACUUUGACGGCGUGGGUGGGAAAAUGCUGGACGCGGUGCUGCCAAACAUGAGAGUCCGGGGCCGAAUCACGAUCUGUGGGAUGAUAUCGCAGUACAACCUGGAGAAGCUCGAAGGAGUGCACAACCUGAUUCACAUCUUGCCCAGGCGAGUUCGACUCCAAGGUUUCGUGGUGUUUGAUUACUUCCACAGUUAUGGUGAGUUCUUGGAGAAGAUGUUGGGUUGGAUCAAGGAGGGGAAGAUUGUGUACGUGGAGGAUGUAGUUGAAGGGCUGGAGAGCGGCCCUGCUGCACUGGUGGGUCUCUUCAGUGGCCGCAAUGUCGGGAAGCAAGUUGUGGUUCUCGCUCGUGAGUGAGUGAACCCUAGCUUAGCUAGUAGUCCUCAGUUCGGUGAUUAUUGGUGGGUGCCAUUGUUGGCCGGCCGGAUGAUCUGUUUCUUGUUAAAAAAAUUAAGUCUUCUCCAUUCUCGCUUGGGACUGUUAGUAUUCUGUAAUGUUGGAUUGGAGUAGCUUAGCUUUUCCCUUGCUGUGUUUUUCGCUGCCCGUGGUCUUUCCUCUCCCUAAUUCAUUCUCUUUCUGCUCGCACUUUUCUAUGUUUAAUUUGCUUUGGAUUGGACCUUCUGUUUUACUUGCAGCUCUACUGAAUCCGCUUCGAUCCGUUAAUAAAAACUUGUUCACUAUUAUUAGAAUACGGAGUAAAUUCCUUCAAAAAAAAAAAAAACAUAAGUAAGUAGUCAUCUAAAAUGAUGUGAUUGGUUGGCAUAUGUAUUUUUUACGAUCAAGUUUCAUGAUUGCAUUAAAUGAUUGGUUAGCAUGGGUUAAUUUUCCGACCAAAUUAAAUGGUAAAUUUUCUUUUGCAUCCAAAAUAUAUUGGUUACCAAUAGUCACAUAAAACUGGUUAUUUCGUAUCCAAUUGCGACCAAUCACGUACAUUUAGCAACCAAUAUUGCAGACUAUAAUAAAACAAAUGAAAUGGUCAUGAAAAAUCAAAGCUUUUAUCAUAGCCAAAAAUUGGUUGUGAUAGCUUUACUUUUUGCUACCAAUCUUUAUUUUAGUUAUUUUGAAAAUUCAUUACGCGGCUAUGGCGACCGAAUAUUCAACUAAAAUUUUUUGGUAACGGAAAGGUAUUGUAACCAAUUUUCUACUUUAGUGACUAACGUUUUAGUUGCAAAAGCUUUUUUUUUUGUAGUGCGAUCUUUUCCGCACUUGUCUUGGUUGGUACUUGUCCUUAUUAUAAUCAAUCCUGCAAGAUUCGAUUAUGGAAAGGCUUCACUACUGCAUUAAAAUCCAAAACGAAAACUGGACUCCUUUGUAUCAAUAAAAUGAUAUUUCAGAAGCUGAACCCGAUUGAUUCCUAGCUUGAAUCUGGAUUCUAACAACUAAUUGAAAGACAACAACAAAAAAAACGGAGAAUAUGCUGCCAAAAAACAGAUAAUAAACUGACAAACGGAGAAAACUUUUGUUUUGAUUCGUACCGGCCGGGUCUCAUGGGUAGAGAAGCGUGGGCGGCUAAUCUAUUUCCUAAAGUGCCAAAACUUUUGUUUUGAUUCGUACCAGGUCUCAUGCUGCCAAAAGAUAGUACAACUUGUUUUUAUAUUCUAAAAUAUUAUCAUCGUAUUUAAUCCAAUUUAUAUUAUAAAUUAAAAAUUAAUUACUAGCUAUAAAAAAUUGACGUUAUGAUUUCCAUAAAUAAUCUCAUUCAUCCUAUUUUGUAAGAUUCGAUUAUUGCAACUAUCUGCACUAAAAUCCAAACCGAAAACUGGACUCCAAUGGAUCAAUAAUUUGCGCAGCAAUGUAUAUCAUAAUAAGUAAAUCGAUAUGAAUAAUCUCUAUCACUCUCUGGAUCUUACUUCAUUUUUAUUUUACGCUUGUUAGUUAUUAUUACUCUCUGGAUCUCAACCUCAACACCGCCAAAGACACCUCUUCUGCUCGCCAUUAUCGAUAUGCAUGUGAUACCACAAUAAUGUGGACUGAAAUCG